AUGCAACCGACGCCGCUGCAACAUCCAUUCGACAGUCCCAGGAGACCACGGCUGAGAAAACCGCACGUAACGCAGCGAAAGCUACGGCAACGUCCAUUCGCCGGACCCAGGAAUCCAUGGCUGAUAAAAUCGUUCGCCAUGCAGCCGACGCCGCUGCAACUUCUGCUGCAAAUGACCUCUUUUGGUGGUAAUGCCUUCUGCGAAGUCGAUUGGAAUCCCACCUUCAAGGCUCAAGGUCAGGUUUACCACCGGAUUGGAUCUCUUUUGCCGGAAACUGCCACUGAUUCGGCCUUUCUACAAAUAUACUUCAUAGCUGACUACAAUCAACAGGCAGAUGCCCGCAUGAGCAUUAUACCCGAGAACGAUACAGGCCAGGACAAUCAUCCUCGCAGGGAUAUCAUAAUGAGACUCCAACAAAUGCUCCACGAGACAAACAGCUAUGUCUGCAGUUUUAAUUAUGGUCUCGAAAAUAAAACUUCUUCUGAUUUCAUUAUUGUAAUUGAUUCUGACAAACGGCCUCAGGGAGAGCACGAACGUCGUUACAAUGCUCCCACAAGUAACGAAGUUUCCGUCAUUGUCAGCGGUGAUCAGCACAACAGACGUGACAUUGUUAUCGCAUCGCGCGGCAGUGGGCUCCGAAGAAUCAGUGAAACGCACCGGUCCUACGAUGCAUUGCAAUACCCACUUCUCUUCCCUCAUGGCGAAGAUGGGUACAACCUUGGAAUCCUGCAAAAUGAGUCCACCGUAAAAAGCAGUGUCUUGCAGGGCUUUCUACGCCUACCUAUUGAUGGUACAUGA